AUGGCUACUCUCUCCUCCGCCACCGCGGCAUCCGCCGCUUCCGCAUUCGUCGGCUCCAACGCGGAGCUCGCGUCGAAGGUCCGCAACGUGGAGUGUCGCGUGACGAUGCGCAAGGCCGCACCCUCUGACAACCUGAGCCAGUGGUACGGCCCGGAUCGCAGCCUCUUCCUGGGCCCGUUCAGCGCGCCGCCCGCGUACCUGAAAGGCGAGUUCCCCGGUGACUAUGGGUGGGACACGGCGGGGCUGUCGUCGGACCCCGAGACGUUCGCCAAGAAUCGCGAGCUGGAGGUGAUUCACUCGCGCUGGGCCAUGCUCGGCGCGCUUGGCAUCGUCUUCCCCGAGCUGCUGGCGCGCAACGGCGUGCCGCUGCAAGAGGCGGUGUGGUUCAAGGCAGGCGCGCAGAUCUUCUCCGAGGGCGGGCUCGACUAUCUGGGCAACCCCGCGCUCAUCCACGCGCAGAGCAUCCUCGCCACGCUCGCCGUCCAGGUGGUACUGUUGGGCGCGGUGGAGAGCUACCGCGUGGGCGGUUUGGAGGGGUUCCAGGAGGUGGAGGAUCCGGUCUACCCGGGCGGCGCGUUCGACCCGCUGGGGCUGGCGGACGAUCCCGACGCGGCGGCGGAGCUGAAGGUGAAGGAGCUCAAGAACGGGCGCCUCGCGCAGGUGUCGGCGCUGGGCUUCUUCGUGCAGGCGAUCGUGACGGGCAAGGGGCCCCUCGAGAACCUCGCGGACCACCUCGCUGACCCCACUGCCAACAACGCGUGGGCGUACGCGCAGAACUUUGUCCCUGGCGCGUAG